GUUAAGAUGAGCUCAGAACCUUUGAAGAAAGAGGGUCAUGCUGCUACCUCUGGGGACAAAAGAUCUAAGAGGAAGCCUAAGAGAAAGGAAGCUUUUUCAGUAUAUAUCUAUAAAGUACUGAAGCAGGUGCACCCAGACCUUGCCAUCUCCUCCAAGGCCAUGAGCAUCAUGAACUCCUUUGUCAACGACAUGCUUGAGCAACUGGCCUCGGAGGCCUCACGCCUGGCCCAGUACAGCCACCGUGCCACCCUCACCAGCCGUGAGGUGCAGGCGGCUGUCAGGCUCCUGGUGCCCGGCGAGCUGGCCAAGCACGCAGUCUCUGAGGGCACCAAGGCUGUCACCAAGUACACCAGCGGCAAGUGA